CCACGACGGCGUCGUCUUCCCGGCUUUUGCAGAAGAAAGAAGAGAGAAAAGGACGGGGUUGAUAGAGGAUUCCGUUUCAGGAUCUCGAUGUCCAUGGCGGCAAGGCGACCUAUCCAAUCGCUUCUCUCUGUCCGCCGUCUCUCUUCCGCUCUCCACUCCAAGAACGACGCGGGGUUCCUUAAAACCCUCGAAUCCCAUCCCUCUUCUUUUCCCGACCCCCCUCUUCCUCUUUCGGGCUCGAUCCUUCCGCAUUCCCUCCAGAAAUGUGAAUCCAGUCUGGGAAGCGAGUCUAUAUUUCGUCAGGGCUUCUCGACAACGACGAGGAAGCCAGAGUUCAGGCAAAAGCGCGAAGAGGAUGAAGGUGAUAGCGAUGAGGAAGGACAAGAAGAUUAUGAUGAUGACGAUGACGAUGGUGAAGAAGAGGAUGACACAGACGAGGAGGAAGCGGUUUCUAACCGUCUGGCCGGUAGAGAGAUGAGUGAUGCUGAGAAGGCGGAAGAGGCGGCGGCGAUCGGAUACAGAGUGAUCGGGCAAUUGCAGGCGUCUGAGCGGCCGUUCAAGCCCUGGGAGCCGGUCUUCGCAGUGAUUCAGAUUGGAUCUCAUCAGUUCAAAGUUUGCAAUGGGGACUGUGUCUACACUGAGAGGUUGAAGUGGUGUGAAGUAAACGACAAGCUGAUUCUCAGUAAGGUAUUGAUGAUUGGAUCGAAGACACAGACUAUAAUUGGCAGGCCAAUUCUGCCAGAUACGGAGGUUCAUGCUGUCGUUGAGGAGCAUGCUAAAGAUGCAAAAGUAAUUAUAUUUAAGAAAAAAAGAAGGAAAAAUUACCGUCGAACCAAGGGGCAUCGUCAGGAAUUGACAAGACUCAGGAUUACGGAUAUUCAAGGAAUAGAGAAACCACAAACAGUGAUGGCUGCUUAGUUAUCAAGUAAUCUUUUCCCCAGGAAACAACCUCUGACAGGGAUGUGCGAUAGGCUCCUUUAUGAAUAUAUCCAUGCCUUAUACUAUGGACGUGGAACUGAUUUGCAAGUUGUCCAUUGCGGAGUGCUCGUAAAUAUCCAGUGAGAAAUAAGGCAAUUGUUUGUCUGGUUUUCCACAUGUAUACUUGAAAUUUCCAGUGAAUUUUCUAAGUGAUAUAUUUGACAUGUUAUCACUGUCGGAACACUUGGAACACUUUGAUUUAUGCAUUUGAAGUUCGGCUAUUUGGAGAUGAAUUUGGCACCUUGUCACCACUUAUGGAGGGAAUUCCUUCCCUCGAUUCUUAUGUUCUGUACUUGCAAGGGUAAUUAUUUCCAAGAUUCUUGAGGCCGCAAGUGUUUGUUGACUUUUGCUUUUACAUAGUAACCCGAAGCUUGACGAUAUUAAUUAGCAAAUGGUUCACUUCUGAAGAGAAUUAGAUCAUUGUUUUUUUCUAUCAUAUGAUUUGCAGUUUUCUCCAUCAUUUUUACCUUCCUUGGUUUGUGCUUUUUCAAAACAUGUGCUUGAGAUCUGGAUGUACUUGUCAAUGAAGAAUAACCAUGGGUAAUUGUGCUAUUUCUGUUUAUGGAUUUACUUGCAGGGCUAUAUGUUUCUCUUGGAGUCCUGCCAUCUCCAUGUUAAAUCAAAUCUGUGUUGCAUUAGCGCAGCAAAUGAUAUUGUACCCCCAACCGUGCUGCUCACGUCGAAUGGAAUUAUUGGAUAUUCUCAUGGCAACUUUUAAUAAGCAUUCUUGCUUCAAGCCCUUGUAGACUCAUGUGUGCUCUCAACAUUAGAUAUGCUCUAAUCUGUUUGCUACCGGUCAUUGCUCUUGGUAGUAUACGUAACUGAAAUGGUCUGGAUGAUUAUUUUCUAAAGAAAUUGUCGUGUAUA